AUGGCGUCCCUCCUCACGCUCCCCGCGCUCGCGCUCUCCAACCCUAGCACCUCCACCUCCGGCGCCGCCCGGCCCCGCGCCGCGGCCUUCCGCUGCUGGGCGCUGCGGCGGCGCGGGUGGGCGGCGGCGGGGGCCGUGGCCUCGCCCAACUCCGUGCUCAGCGAGCACGCCUUCAAGCGGCUCCAGCUCGGGAGCGACGACGAGGAUGACGAGGAGGGCGCGUACGGGAGCGACGCCGACGAGGGGAUGGAGGGGUUCCAGGGGGACGACGAGGAGCUCGCCAUUGCCAGGCUCGGCCUGCCCGACGAGCUCGUCGCCACGCUCGAGAAGCGCGGGAUUACGCACCUCUUCCCCAUCCAGAGGGCUGUGUUGAUUCCCGCUCUUGAGGGCCGUGACCUGAUUGCUCGGGCAAAGACCGGAACUGGAAAGACGCUAGCCUUUGGUAUACCCAUGAUCAAGCGAUUAAUGGAGGAUGACGAUGGCCGGAGUACGAGGCGAGGUCGUAUUCCUCGGGUUUUGGUUCUGGCGCCUACCAGAGAGUUAGCCAAACAAGUUGAGAAGGAAAUAAAGGAAUCAGCACCCAAGCUCAGUACAGUGUGUGUUUAUGGUGGUGUUUCAUAUAAUGUCCAGCAGAGCGCACUCUCACGGGGUGUUGAUGUUGUUGUUGGAACACCGGGUCGCAUAAUUGAUUUGAUAAAUGGUGGAAGCCUCCAGUUGGGAGAAGUUCAGUAUUUAGUCCUUGAUGAGGCUGACCAAAUGCUUGCAGUGGGGUUUGAGGAAGAUGUGGAAACAAUAUUACAACAGCUGCCUGCAGAGAGGCAAAGCAUGCUGUUCUCCGCGACAAUGCCUAGUUGGGUGAAGAAAUUGUCCAGGCGGUACUUGAACAACCCUUUGACAAUUGACUUGGUUGGUGAUCAAGAUGAAAAGCUCGCUGAAGGAAUCAAACUCUAUGCUAUCCCACUCACAGCGACAUCAAAACGCACCAUUCUUAGCGAUCUAAUUACGGUUUAUGCAAAGGGUGGGAAAACCAUUGUGUUCACUCGUACGAAGCGGGAUGCAGAUGAGGUUUCAUUGGCACUGACAAACAGUAUUGCUUCUGAGGCACUUCAUGGUGAUAUUUCACAGCAUCAGCGUGAGAGGACACUAAAUGGCUUUCGUCAAGGGAAAUUUACUGUUCUAGUAGCAACUGAUGUUGCUGCCCGUGGUCUGGAUAUACCAAAUGUUGAUUUGAUUAUCCAUUACGAAUUGCCAAAUGAUCCAGAAACUUUUGUCCAUCGUUCUGGACGCACUGGACGGGCUGGGAAAGCAGGAACUGCAAUCUUGAUGUUUACAAGUAGCCAGAAAAGGACAGUUAAGUCACUUGAGCGUGAUGUUGGUUGCAAGUUUGAGUUUAUAAGCCCUCCGUCCAUGGAAGAAGUGCUGGAGUCAUCUGCUGAGCAUGUCAUUGCUACAUUGCGAGGGGUGCACCCAGAGUCGACUCAGUACUUCCUUGGAGCAGCUGAGAGAUUAGCAGAAGAACUGGGACCUCAUGCUCUUGCUUCUGCACUGGCACAUCUGAGUGGAUUUUCUCAGCCACCUUCUUCACGUUCUCUGAUCAGUCAUGAGCAGGGAUGGGUGACAUUGCAACUAACUAGAGAUCCAGGAUACGGAAGGGGCUUCUUUUCUGCUAGAUCUGUUACUGGUUUUCUAUCUGAUGUUUGUUCAGCUGCUGCAGAUGAAGUUGGUAAAAUAUAUGUAACAGCAGAUGAGAAUGUCCAAGGAGCAGUCUUCGAUUUACCUGAGGAAAUCGCAAAGGAUUUGCUCGCUAUGGACCUCCCUGCAGGAAACACCAUAGCCAAAAUUUCAAAGCUGCCUGCGUUGCAAGAUGAUGGUCCUCCUUCUGAUAGCUAUGGACGCUUUUCAAACGACCGAGGUUCUAGGAACAGGCGGUCCAGGGGUGGCGGCAGUGCAAGAGGUGGCCGAGGUGGUUGGGAUUCAGACGGUGAGGAUAGAUUCCGCCGCGGUGGCCGGAGCUUCAGAUCUGACAAUGAUAGUUGGUCAGAUGAUGACUGGUCAGGUGGUGGGAGAAAAUCAAACCGCUCCUCAUCCUUUGGUAGCCGCUCAUCAUCUUACAGUAGCCGUGGCUCACCGUCCUUUGGUGGCCGCUCAUCAUCCUUCGGUGGUAGGGAGAGUAACAGAAGCUUCAGCGGUGCUUGCUUCAACUGCGGUGAAUCCGGUCACCGUGCAUCAGACUGCCCAAACAAGUAGAUGGUAGAGAUGACACAUUCUUUCCUGCCGCACGGGGUCGCUCCUUUUGGGCCAAUCGGCUUCCAAGAGGCGGCUGGACAAUCAAACACGCAAAGCAAUAGAUCUAAGCCUACCCCACCCCUGCUGAUCAAUAUACGCCCGAGAGCCAGCUGAGGUUAUUGCUGGCUGACACGCACCGUGCGGUGGUUACAGUUUUGUUUGGUCGUUUCGUCGGAGCAAGAUUUUGGCACGCUGACUACCAGUUAUUACCAAAGGAGUUCCUUCAGUUCAUGUCAAACGGGCUCUACUCUACAGGGAUAUGUUCUUUUUUUUUGUUGCUUCUUGAGGACCUCAAUAGAAUUGUAACACGACAUGAACUGGGUGUCCGUGAACAGUACAGUUGUUGCUGCUACAACAUUGCGACAGAGAUUCAGACGCAAUCAGAAUCGUUGGCUACUAUUAGAGUUUUGUCAACUAUUGUUAAAUGUCGUAAGAAAUUAUCAAAUCGGGGCAUGACUCCCGGAUGUUUCUCGGAA